CCCCGAGACAGGUGUCGGGCGAGAAGCGAGUCCUGAAGAGUGGUAGAGCGCGCGGCCCGCGGCGUGACGCGCAGCCCCUGCCAGUCCCCCAUGGCCCCUUGGAGCCGAGAGGCGGUGCUGAGUCUCUACCGGGCUCUGCUGCGCCAGGGCCGAGAGCUUCGCUACACUGAUCGAGACUUCUACCUUGCCUUCAUCCGCCGUGAAUUCCGGAAGAAUCAGAAGCUAGAGGAUCCUGAGGCCAGGGAAAGACAGCUGGAGAAGGGCCUGGUCUUCCUCCACAGCAAACUGGGGGGGAUUAUUUAAGACCCUCUCCUGUCCCCUCCCACUCUUAUUCCACGGGAAAGAGGACAGAGGUGCCUUCUGUAGACACUCCUGCUUUCUCCCAUCCCCACCUUACAGAUGCAUUAAGAAGCCUCAGGUGAGCAAUGGCAGGCGCUGGUGAGCGCAAAGGCAAGAAGGAUGACAAUGGCAUUGGCACGGCCAUUGACUUUGUGCUUUCCAAUGCCCGGCUGGUGCUGGGGGUGGGUGGAGCGGCCAUGCUGGGCAUCGCCACGCUGGCAGUUAAGCGGAUGUAUGACCGGGCAAUCAGUGCUCCUACCAGCCCCACCCGCCUGAGCCAUUCAGGGAAAAGGAGCUGGGAAGAACCAAACUGGAUGGGCUCCUCCCGACUGCUGAACAAGGACAUGAAGACAGGCCUGAGCCGGUCCCUGCAGACCCUUCCCACAGACUCCUUUGACACAGAUACAUUCUGCCCACCCCGGCCCAAGCCAUUGGCCAGGAAGGGGCAGGUAGACUUGAAGAAGUCACGACUCCGCAUGUCCCUGCAGGAGAAACUUCUUACUUACUACCGGAACCAGGCAGCCAUCCCUGCUGGAGAGCAGGCUCGAGCCAAGCAAGCUGCUGUGGACAUAUGUGCCGAGCUCCGGAGCUUCCUGCGGGCCAAGUUGCCUGACAUGCCACUUCGGGACAUGUACUUGAGUGGCAGCCUUUAUGAUGACCUGCAGGUAGUGACAGCAGAUCACAUCCAACUCAUUGUCCCCCUUGUGCUGGAGCAGAAUCUGUGGUCGUGUAUCCCUGGCGAGGACACCAUCAUGAAUGUCCCUGGCUUCUUCCUGGUUCGUCGUGAGAACCCAGAGUACUUUCCUCGUGGUAGCAGUUACUGGGACCGCUGCGUAGUAGGGGGCUACCUCUCUCCAAAGACUGUGGCAGAUGCAUUUCAGAAGGUAGUGGCUGGCUCUAUCAAUUGGCCAGCCAUAGGGUCCCUCUUGGACUAUGUGAUCCGACCAGCACCACCCCCAGAGGCCUUGACACUGGAGGUGCAGUAUGAGCGUGACAAGCAUCUCAUCAUUGACUUCCUGCCAUCAGUGACCCUUGGUGACACUGUCUUGGUGGCCAAACCACACCGGCUAGCCCAGUAUGACAACCUGUGGCGGCUGAGCCUGCGUCCUGCUGAGACGGCACGCCUGCGGGCUUUGGACCAGGCUGACUCCGGCUGCCGAUCUCUGUGCCUCAAGAUCCUCAAGGCCAUAUGCAAGUCUACUCCGGCCCUGGGCCACCUCACUGCCAGCCAGUUAACCAAUGUGAUCCUACACUUGGCCCAGGAGGAGGCUGACUGGUCUCCAGAUAUGCUGGCUGACCGUUUCCUGCAGGCUCUGAGGGGACUCAUCAGCUACUUAGAGGCUGGAGUCCUGCCCAGUGCCCUAAACCCAAAGGUGAACUUAUUUGCAGAGCUCACCCCUGAAGAAAUAGAUGAAUUGGGAUACACUCUCUAUUGCUCAUUGUCCGAGCCAGAGGUGCUGCUGCAGACAUAGGGCAGGUGAAGGCCAAAGCAGAUGUCAGGUGGUCAGGCCCUGGAUUCUCCAUUAGAAACACUUGACCACAUAGUUGGUGCCUCACAGGGUCCCCAGGUGCAUCCUGUCUUGCUGGUCAUUGUCCUGGUCACUUCAUGCUGAUAAGAAUGACAUCUCUUUGGUCUCCUGUUUUCUUACCUAACCCCUUCUAUUUUUGUUACCAAACACUGUGCCGCCUAAUAUCCCCUUGCACCAGGCAAAUUUUUCUAGAAUGAAUUGAGAAGGUGGAGUGCUGGCCUGAGCUGUUGAGACCACUUGGUGUUUUGCACUUUUGCCCAGGUUUCCUGCUUCUGUCUGGUCUGCCCUGCCCCACCCUUUUGCCUAUUCCUUUUCAGUGUCUUUUUUGUCUUUUCUUCUCUUGUUCACGCCCUCUGUACUGCUCUUGUCCCUGGAGCAUAUCUGCCUAAUCAAGAUGUUGCCUUUUAGUUGAAGGUCGCUGAAGAGCUAUGAUUGCAUGCUUCCAACCCGACCUCUGCAGAUUGAGUGCUGAGACAGUAUUUAAGUUUCUAGGGGUGAGGCAAGUGGAAGAGCUGGCCUUUGACCCUGGUUCCUGGAGAAGCCUUCUAUUCCCCACACCUCCUGACCAACCCAUAUUUAUAAGUGCUGAGAAUGUCUCUCAUGGGAACAUUGUUAUUGACUCACACAGGAUAAACUGGAUGCAAAGUUAUUUGGAGAUUGUGUUUCUUAGUGGCCAUCAGUAAGCAUGUAGAGUGGGGGAGCCAGAGCUGGUUAAGAGAGCCUGGUGGAGGGUCUGUGUGCCCAGUGCUUACACCUCAUCUGUGGCUGCAGGAGUCAGACAGACAAGGGGUGGGGGCUGUAAGGGCAGCCCUCACCACAAAUGCUGUUUUUCAUCCCUUUCCUUGCUUUAUUGCCAAUUAGGCAAUAAAAGAACACGGCCUUGAAAGAACACAGCCUUAGCAGUAGAGGUUAAGGGAGGUCUACAGGAGGCUGGAUGUCAGCUGGAAAAUGCAGUCAGCAGUUGGGGCUCAGUGACCGUGUUUUCUCCCCUGCCAGGCCCUGCCUUUCUAGGAUGUUGCCUUAGAGCAAGAAUAGGCCCAACAGCCAGCCCUUACUCCCCCAGUGUCUGCCAUACGAGCGUGAGAGUGCUUUUUGCUGAGCUCUCCAGGCAACUGCAUAGGCCAAAGGGCAAGUGAACAUGCACAGACCUCUUCCCCCUUGUCCUGUCUCUCACCCAGCACUGGGGAGAUCUGUGCUACCUAGGAAGAGAGAGUACACGGAUAAAACGUGUUUGAGAGGGAGGUGGGUACUUCCAAUGUUCCUUCUUGUUUCCUCCUGCUAAAAUUGCACUAUUUAUUGCAGAGUAAACAUAUCCCAAGGAUGGGAAAGAAUGUUUAAUACACCAUAUCAGUGUGUCUUGUUUUGUGUUUUUUUCCUGUAUGUGGCAAGAGGUUGAUGAUAAUUCUGUUUCUGAUCUGCCCAUCUAGUAUUUUGUUCUCCCAUCAAGUCUUAUUUUUUCUAUUCUUACUACCUCUCCAUCAGUGAGAUCUGGUGACGCUCUCUGCAGCUGUCUCAUUCCUUCCCAAUGACAUUGACACAAAAUGACUCUAAAUAGCAUUGACACCUCAGCAACCCUUUGAAUUUAGGGUAGAGAUUCUUGCUCCCUUUUUGUCAUAGAUUAGAUUGAGAACUAGGGUUAACCUUGACUAUAUUUAGAGAAUCUUUCUGCCUUUUCUCCCAUAUAUAUGCAAGGAUUUCUUAAUUAAGAUGGUUGUUUCAUUUGCAUAACGUUAUUAAGAGAGAAUGGAAAAGAUAAAGCUGAGAACCUUGAGAGAUUCUUCAUCUUGGCUGCUCAUCAGAAUCAAAUGGGAGUU